CAGACGCACCACGUUUCCCCGAGUGUCGUCUGCAAAUGCUCGGGAGUCGGUCGAUACGAGAGUGCUGUCUACUCCCUCACACUGAUAAGCCUUCACCGUUAGUGCGAAGGCUCUUCACAACCCGCAAGCGUAGAGAUAAAUCCGGUACACUGUGAUUCGUGCAGAAAUUGCAAUCGUACAAACGUGGCGUAACCGAGAGCGGCGUGUGGUGUGUCUUGAGUGCGCAGUGAGGUGGCAGACGAGCUGCUUAGGGGAGCAGCCAGACUGCCUUACCACGCGGUGCCUUCUGAACAUUGCUAAAUAUAUCUCAUUUGCCGUCUACAUACUGUCAAGAAGGUAUACCGAGAGGGAACGUUCAUGAACGUGAGUGGAGAAAAGAAAAGUCCAGUAGUGAAUGUUUCAAAAUUUUGUCAAUUUGUAGUGAACAGAAUUGCAAGACUGGUUGGUUGGGAGUGAUAGAUAAUGAUUAAACUUUGGUUGAAUAAGUAUUCGGUGGAUUAUUUGAUCAUGUAUAUCGAAUACAAGUCGAUAUCAGUUUUGUAAACAUGAGUGCAGCGAGUGUGGAAGUGUCGGGUAAGCACGUGGAGAGUGGGGUGAGCGAGUGCACGAUUGUGCUGAGCGCAAGGCAGAUGCAGCCAGUGCGAGCUGACCAUUCCUGGGGGGCGCGACGAGUUGCAAGUGUGGACAGCAGCGACGACGGCGGGGGUGCAGGGGCGGCAGGGGGCGUGCGUUCAUGAUACUGCUGGGGACGCACGCCACAUCUUCACUGGGGAGCAACCCUUUGUACUCCCAUCUGCAGCAGCUGUAGAUUUUCAUGCACAUGGCCGGGUCACCUGCCCGAUGCUGAUGGAGUGCUGACCCGUGGAGUGUCGCGGGUCGGCCACACAGGCUCCGGCGCCCGCCGCCAGGCCCGGUCACGGUCUGGGUCACGGAGCCCCCCAGGGCACGGGUACCCCCAGCGGGACCACCUCCACCCGGGCGUGAGAUAGCGACACGCUGCCCACACUCACCACAGACUUGCUUACCCUAGAUGAACUAUUGACUCGAAAAAGCUCUUGUCUCUUUAAGUACUCGAGGAUAUCUGAACUGCAAAUUUUUGAAGUUAAAAGAGUAAACACGGAUGUCGACACAAACAUUUAUACCGACGUUUAAUAAGUAACGUUUCGAACUGAAGAGUCCUCGCGCGUAGUUUCAUUAGGGUGAGGACGAAGGCAGGUGCAGUGAGCGAGAAGCACCAAAACAGGCACCAUGGCGGGCGUAGCAAGUCCCCGGAGGUCCGCCCUCACUUUAUCCUUCCUGAUGGGCGGGCGGCAGCAGGCCCUUCACAAGGACCAAUGUGCCACGGGCGUAUACCGCCCAACCACAACGCCCACACCUGUUGUUGAGGAACAGAGGGCGCGUCUUCUGCCUACACCAGGUGAUGGUGACGGAGGACGGCCCGCACUUCAGCAUGGUGUGGACUAUAUUAAUCCUGGCCAAGAGGACCAGGCGGAGGUGUAUGGUUAUGAGAGGUCUAAGCUAAAGACUGCAAUCACUUGGAUAUUUAUAAUCGCCACAGCAGGUCUUCUGCGGCUGCUUUUCCAUUGGAUCCCAGAACUCAUGCUGAAAUGCACGCAUUCCCGCUGCUCUCUCACAGUUGCUACCAAAGUGCUAAUUGUGGAAUACUUCAAAAAGUACAAGAGGAACUUUGUCAAAAACAUCCAUGAAAUUGACGCAAGCAAAGUCAGUUGGUUUCAUUCAGACAGUGAUUACAAAGGCUCAGAGAGGCUUGUCUGCCAGUACAAUAGCACUUGAUGCUCUUGAUCUGAUCACCAUUGUCAUUCCACCUGCUUUGCCAAUGGCUAUGACAGUUGGGAUUUUAUAUGCCCUCCAAAGACUCAAGCAUCACAAGAUAUUCUGCAUAUCACCAAGAUCCAUCAACAUUUCUGGAGUUCUGAACUGCAUCUGCUUUGAUAAGACUGGGACACUGACAGAAGAUGGAUUAGACAUGAAGGGUGUGGUCCCGGUGUCACGCUCUUCGGGUACUGAGGCAAAGCUUUGCCAGAUGACAACUCCUGAUAUGCUUCCUCAUGAUCAUCUUCUGUAUGCAAUGGCUGCUUGUCAUUCAAUCACUAUUAUAAAUUUGCAAAUGGUUGGUGACCCUUUAGAUCUGAAAAUGUUUGAGAGUACGAAAUGGGUUCUUGAUGAACCAGGUCUAGAUGAUACAAACAAGUAUGACAUGAUGAUGCCUUCAGUGGUCCGCCCAAGUGCCCCAGAUGUCGUGAUCAGUAACGAAAAUGUUGAAACAGAGCCACCAUUGGAAGUAGGUAUUCUGCGUCAGUUCCCAUUUUCAUCAAGCCUUCAGCGUAUGUCUGUCAUCACUCGAAGACUUGGAGGUCAAAACUUUGACCUGUACUGCAAGGGGUCUCCAGAGAUGAUAGCUAGCUUAUCACUGCCAGAGACUGUGCCCAGCAAUUUCCAAGAGGAACUUCUCCAGUACACUUACCAAGGAUAUCGUGUCCUGGCCCUGGCAUGGAGACCUCUUAAGCUCACUUAUCUCAAAGCUCAGAGGAUCAGCCGAGAUGAGGUAGAAUGUGACCUGGUAUUUCUGGGUUUGUUGGUAAUGGAGAACAGGCUGAAGAUAGAAACAAAACCUGUUAUUAAUCAACUGCAUCAGGCAAACAUCAGGACUAUAAUGGUAACAGGUGAUAACAUGUUGACAGCUCUGAGUGUGGGCCGUGAAUGUGGUUUGGUUGAUCCUAAACAACAAGUUAUCAGUAUCAAAGCCUAUCCACCACAUCAAGGUAUUCCAGCUAGCCUCACCUUCCACACUACCACUGCAAAUACCCCAGCUUCCCCAGUGGUAACUACUCAGAUGAAUGCAGGAGUCCACAUUAACUUUGAUGAAGAGGUCACAGAUAAGUACUGCUUUGCCAUUGAAGGCAAGUCAUGGGCUGUUGUCCAUGCACACUUCCCUGAUGUAUUGCAGAAACUUGUUGUCCGGGGUGCUGUGUUUGCCAGGAUGAAUCCAGACCAGAAACAGCAACUCAUUCAGGAACUUCAGGCACUUGGAUAUUAUGUUGGCAUGUGUGGUGAUGGAGCCAAUGACUGUGGUGCCCUCAAGGCAGCCCAUGCUGGAAUCUCUCUCUCUGAAGCUGAAGCCUCUGUAGCUUCACCCUUUACUUCGCAGGAUCCAAAUAUAUCAUGCAUACCCAUUCUCAUUAGAGAAGGUCGUUGUGCUCUUGUGACUAGCUUUGGAAUAUUCAAAUACAUGGCUGCAUAUUCGCUCACCCAAUUUGUGUCCAUUAUGAUUCUUUAUUCCAUUGAUAGUAACCUCACAGAUCUACAGUUUCUUUGGAUUGACCUCUUCCUUAUCACAGUUUUUGCCAUAUUCUUUGGACGCACUGAUUCCUACAAGGGACCCUUGGCACCAUACUCACCUCCAGCUGCUCUUUUGUCUGUGGCACCUAUUCUGUCUAUCCUUAUACACUUAUUAACUGUAAUUGGCUUUCAAACUUUCUGUUUUUUUUAUGUACAAGACCAGCCUUGGUUUGUACCAUUUAAUACAACAACAUCAGAUGAAAUUUAUGCAGGCCAUGAGAACUAUGCUGUAUUUUCUGUGUCACAGUUCCAGUACAUUGUCUUGGCACUGGUUUUUUCCAGGGGUCCUCCUUUCCGGCAGCAUUUCUAUAAUAAUUUCCUUUUGACUGGAUCUAUCAUUAUCAUGACAGCUUGCAGCAUUAUUUUAACAGUUAAACCACCUCAAUUCAUCAUUGACAGUUUUGAAUUGGUGCUACCACCUCCUGGUGACCCACAGGCAGAAUUCUUUAGAUGGCAAAUGAUUCUUUUGUCAGUCUUAUACUCUGCACUGGCCAUAUUUAUUGAAUACUUUAUAAUUGACUAUCUUUGCUACAGGAAAUGUAAGAGUAAACUGCACAAUGUAGAUAAAUCUAAAAAGAAAUAUCUUGCAAUAGAGAGAGACCUACAACAAGACAAAACCUGGCCACCUUUAUCUCCUGAAGUUGAUCAGUCAGGGGGAAACACAGAACUGACAUUAGAUGCAAGCAGGCUUAUCAAAGGAAGCAAAACCAUAAAAAAGAUUGAAGCAAAUGGCCAUGCAAAUGGUCCAGUGACUACAGUUACUCAGUUCCAAUCUUCUUUAUAGUAUUCACUUAAAUGUAAUAAACAUCACCUAGAAUUCCUCAACAAGGUUCUUAUAACAAGAAUGAAAGACAUGCCAUGUUUUGUCAUGUGUAUUUCUUUAGUGAACUACUUUUAGGAAGAAGCCAAUAGGAUAAUCAGUUCCAUUAUUUAUCCUUAAUUUAGCAUAUCUGUAUGUAUAUGUAUUGUAUGAGGGAUAUUGUAGUUUGUGUAAUCAUAGAACUAUAAACUAGAGCAAAGCUUCAAAUGGAACUUGAAUCUUAUAUUGGUUCUUGUAUGGUUUCUUUAAAUAUGUAGACAGUGAUAGUAAUGAUAAUCCUUGGACUGGAGAAGUAGGGAACAUGAAAUAUUUAUGUUUAGAUUGUAUGGUUGUAUGCAAAGACUAAAGGAGUGUGUUCAGUUUAAAAAUGCUUUAAUGAGAAUGGGGAUGGUGAUCAGGAUUUCUUCAGGAAAGGUAAAGAACAAAACAUAAUGAAAUAAGUGAGAAAUAUUUGCAGGUGCUGUGCCUUGCAAAGGAAUCAUAAUUUAUUAAGUAUUAAGGGAUAGUAUCUGUGUGUCUUAUUAAAAGGAACUAGAUUCUUAAUCAGUAAUGGCAGAUUCAGAAUUUAUGUCUUGAAGUGCAUUGUUUGACUAUGAGGCAACUGUAUUCUCCAGGAAACCUGUUUUCUUUACACUGUUAUAUUUUCAA